AUGCCUGAGAGCCCUACCAAUAAGGAAGCAGAAUCUCACUCAGACCAUCCAUCCCAUGCUGUGCCCUGCAUUAGCUCUGACCAUGACCAGCACGUCCUGCAGACCCUCAAUGUGUCCCAGCUCCGAGGUACCCUCACGGACGUGGUCCUACGGGCUGGUGACUGUGACUUUCCUUGUCACCGUGCAGCCCUGUCAGCUGGUAGCACCUACUUCCAGGCCCUAUUUGCUGGUGGUGGGCCCCAGGAGGACGUGGUACCCCUUCCUCAAGUCUCCCCAGGAGUCCUGGGCCUGCUCUUGGACCACCUCUAUGGGGCUGGCAUAAGCCUGUUGGAGGAGGAUGCAGCUGCUCUGCUGGCCCUGUCUGACCUGCUGGGGGUGAUUCCACUUCGGGAGGCCUGUGCCAACUUCCUGGAGGGCCGACUUGGACCAGAGAAUUGCCUGGUUUUUCUCAGGCUGGCUCAGACUUUCUCCCUGCCCUCACUGGCAGAGGGGAGCCGCCGGGUGCUACGCCAGGCAUUUCCAGAAGUCUCCUUCCAGCCUGAGUUCCUGAAGCUGGAGCUGGCCCAGGUGGCUGAGCUGCUGGCUGACGAGAGGCUUGCGGUUACUAGAGAGGAGGCUGUGUUUGAGGCUGUCAUGCGCUGGGUGCGCCAUGACCCUCCUUCCAGGCAUGGACAGCUGCCCUGCCUGUUAGAGCAGGUUCGGCUUCCCUUACUGGCCCCAGCCUACUUCCUGGAGAAGGUAGAGGCUGAUGAGAUGGUUCGGGCCAGCCGUGAGUGCCACCCACUUCUGCUGGAGGCCCGCCAGUGCUUCAUCCUCGGGAGGGAGGGCAGCUCAUGGAGGGCAACCCCCAGGAGGUUCAUGGAUCUGGCUGAAGUGAUCGUGGUGGUCGGUGGCUGUGACAGGACAGGGCUCCUGACACUCCCCUUCGCGGGUGCCUAUCAUCCAUGGAGCCGCCAGUGGAAGACGCUGCCUAGCGUCCCCGGCUGCACCAAGUCUGAGUUUGCCAUGUGUGCCAUGAAGAACGAUAUCUACCUCUCAGGUGGCCACAUCCACAGCCGUGACCUCUGGAUGUUCCGAUAUCAGCUGCACACUUGGGUCAGGGCAGCCUCCCUGAAUGAGGGCAGGUGGAGGCACAAGAUGGCAGUCCUGCAAGGGCGGCUCUAUGCAGUGGGAGGCUUUGAUGGUGGCCGCCGCCUGGGGAGCGUGGAGUGCUAUGACCCCUUCUCCAACACCUGGGCCCCUGUGGCCCCGCUCCUGGAGGCUGUGAGCUCAGCAGCUGUGGUGACCUGCUGUAAUAAACUCUAUGUGAUUGGAGGUGCUGUGGACGAUAGUGCCAACACAGACAAGGUGCAAUGCUUUGAUCCUGGGGAAGACAAGUGGAGCCUCCUUUCUCCAGCCCCCUUUACCCAGAGGUGCAUAGAAGCUGUAGCCCUGGAUGACACCAUCUACGUGGUGGGGGGUCUCCUGAGCAAGAUCUUCAGCUAUGAUCCACGUAGAGAUCUCUGGACAGAGGCAGCUUCACUCCCUGGGCCCCUGGAGAGCUGUGGAGUGACCAUUUGUGGCAGAAGAAUCUAUGUCCUUGGCGGUCGGGACUCAAGAGGAGAAGGCACAGAUAAGACCUUCACCUUUGACCCACUGAGUGGGCGUCUGGAAAACCAACAGCCCCUGCAACGAUGCACCAGUGCCCAUGGCUGUGUCACCAUCCUUCAGCACCUGGGCCAGGGACAGACCUACCCCAAGGGGCGGGGUAGGCCCAGCUGAGCCCAGAGCUUUGGGAUA